CAGAUCAACUCUCUUCAGUUCCAACAAUGACCACAAAUUACAAUAAAUGAAAAUACCUACGUAUAGUUAUUAUAAGACACACACACUAAAAAAAAAAAACUAUCGUUUAUGAUAAUAUGUAUUGCGACUUACAAGUUGCAAGUGGUCGUUCAACUCGUUGUAGUCAUUAAGACAUUGGUGUUAGUAGUUGGUCGUAGCACAAAGCGUGUAGACCGCGAAAACGAAUACACUAUUCAAAAUUCAGCAACCGGUUCACGUUUAACCUGUAGUUAACGAAUAGCAAAGUGACGCGAAGGAGUAAAAACGAAGUCCUCUGAAGCAAUCCUGUUUCAUUUCGAGUUGUUAUUAUAUAAAAAUGCAAGUAGUUAAAAAACCAUUCCGUGUAGCAAUUGAAGGAAAUGUUGGCUCUGGAAAAUCAACGUUAAUAAAGUAUUUCGAAAAGUUUAAGGAAGUUGAAACAAAUGCUGAACCAAUAGAAACCUGGAGAGAUUUAAAUGGGCAUAACUUACUUCAAUUGACAUACUCAGAUCCUCACAGAUGGAAUUUUGCUUUUCAACAUAAUGUACAACUUAGUCGUUUGAAUUUACAGUCAAAAACUACAAAUAAAGACAUACAAAUGUUUGAACGCUCAUUGCAAAAUAAUAGGUAUUGUUUUGUGGAGAUGGCUCAUGACAAAGGAUUAUUAUCCAGUCCUGAAUAUGGAGUAAUGUGCCAAUGGUAUGAAUACAUAGAAGCAAAUGUAGACAUUGGAUUAGAUCUAAUUGUUUAUCUAAGAAGUUUACCAGAUAUUGUAUAUACAAGAAUGCAACGCCGUAAUCGUCCAGAAGAGCGUACUGUAAAACUUGAUUAUUUGGCAGAUCUACAUGAAUAUUAUGAAAAAUGGUUAAUAAAGAAAUAUUAUAACCUCCCAUGCUCAUUAUUGGUGAUCGAUGUUGACAAAGACUUAUCUGAAAAUCAGCUUAUAGAUUUAUACCAAACUUAUGAAGAUAAAAUAUUAGGAAAAAUGCCAGUUUUAUAAUGUAAUAAAUUUCUAUUGAGUUUGUGAUUUUACAUUUUAACAAAGUUACUCUUAUAAAAAUUAAUUCUCAAGUUCUUUUUAAUUUUUAAUAGUUUUAUAUUUAUAUAUUAAUUUGUAUCUUCUUAAAAAAAAAAAAAGAAAAAAAGAAUACAUUUUAAUUUGUAAGACAUUGAA